CACACGAAUGCGUCAACGUCAGCUGUCAACACCCGUGAACGCGCACACUCAUUCUCUCCCUGGCUAUGGAAGUGCGGGCUUUGACAUCAUAUAUUCCUGAAGAAACUCCCCCACGGACACCACGGCGUUUCGGGUGAAAGCGUUUUAUUUUAAAGUGUUUUUAUUUUAUUUUUUUUGUUGGCUGAUGGCGUGGGAGUUUAACACGAGUGCUACCAGCAUGUUGGCCGGUUAGCUUCGGAGUUCUACCGGCUUCGUUAGCCCUGGCUAGGUAGUUAGCUUUCGGACCCUUCUAGAAGCUUCCUGGGGACUAAAAUGUAUUAAUUGGAGAGCAUAAUGGCGUCUUGUUUUAAAGGUUGAAGCCAACGGGCGCGAAGGGUGGUGAUGAACAAUAUUAGCUCCGUGACUUUACAUAGCGAUGCUGGUAAGUGUCCCCGAGUCGGGGUGACAGCGGCUGACAACAAUAACAAAAAGUGGGACUCGGACAUGAGCCCCAUGGAGGACACCGUGCAGCCCGGGAUGUCGUCGGUUCAACCCGGACUGGACGCGCCUCACCUGGACCUGAACCUGAACGAGGACGGGCUGCUGCUGGACUUCCCCCCGACUGCCCCGUUCAUCGACGGCGACUCGGUGGAGUGCGGCAAUGGCGACGCGGGGCUGGUGGUGGUGGGCCCGCUGUUCGAGAGGAGGAAGCGGUCUCGGUCCAACAGCUCCAGGCACCACUUCAGCGACGUGGUGGUGGAGCUGGGACCCGAGGAGGUGCGGUGGUUUUAUAAGGAGGACAAGAAAACGUGGAAGCCCUUUGUGGGACACGACUCGCUGAACAUUGAGCUGAUGUUUCGGAAAUACUGGGAGCUCAACCCCGGCGCCGACCGCGGCGAUGCACCCGGGGAGGAGAAUGGCGGAGUGCCGGUGGAGACGUGGACGGGCAGCGUGUCCCUGGAGACAUCCAGCAACAGCAUGGAUGAGAGGGACCCUGGCAGCAUUGGCUUCAACGUGGAGCCUGUUUGUGUGCGGGGAGGACUUUACGAGGUGGACGUCAAAGAUCGAGAAUGCUACCCCGUUUACUGGAGGCAGCAAGACCACAUCCCAGUGAUGAGAGGCCAGUGGUUCAUCGACGGCACCUGGCUUCCUUUAGAGGAGGACGAGAGUGACCUUAUCGAGCGUGAGCACCUGAGCCAUUUCCGCGGGCAACAAACACAGGACACCUUCGAGACCGACUUGGUUGUCCGUACCGUCGACAGUCAAGAUGUUCUCUCCCACCUACCCCCUUUCUACCUCCCUUUUCUGUUCAAAUGGAGUGGAUAUCAGACGAGUGCUAAAGCAACAUGUCACAAGCGCAAACGCUGCCAAGCCAUCCACAGCUUGAAGUUGAGUCGGACCCACAUCGACUGGCACAGCGUGGAUGAGGUCUACCUCUACAGCGAUGCCACCACCUCAAAAAUCGCUCGCACUGUGACGCAGAAACUUGGCUUUUCCAAAGCCUCCAGUAGCGGAACGCGGCUUCAUCGGGGAUACGUUGAGGAGGCCUCUCCGGAGGAUAGACCCCCUCAGACGACGCACAUUGUCUUCGUGGUCCAUGGGAUUGGACAGAAGAUGGACCAGGGGCGCAUUAUCAAAAAUACUGGAAUGUUGAGGGAGGGCGUGAGGAAGAUGGAGGAGAAGCACUUUUCGGAGCACAAUGAUGCACACGUGGAGUUUCUGCCUGUAGAGUGGCGCUCCAAACUUGCCCUGGAUGGAGAUACGGUUGACUCCAUCACACCUGACAAACUGAGAGGCCUGAGAGACCUUCUCAACAGCAGUGCCAUGGACAUCAUGUAUUACAACAGUCCUCUUUACCGAGAUGAGAUCACUAAAGGACUAACACAGGAGCUUAACAGACUCUACACUCUCUUUUGCUCACGUAACCCUGAGUUCGAGGAGCGAGGAGGAAAAGUCUCCAUUGUGUCUCACUCCCUCGGGUGUGUCAUUACCUACGACAUCAUGACCGGCUGGGAUCCCGUACGCUUCUGCCUGCAGGAGCAUCACGCCGUGGAGGAGGAGCUGGACCUGCACUGGAUGUCCUACGAGGAGAGGCAUCUCCUAGACCAACUGCGGCACACUAGAAAUAGAUUACGUGAGCUGGAAAAUCAGCUGUUAGCACUGGAAUCCUCAAAACCGUCUGCACCUCCAGCACUCAAAUUUAAGGUAGAGAACUUCUUCUGCAUGGGUUCCCCUCUUGCCGUCUUUUUGGCACUGAGAGGGAUCCGUCCUGGUACCAGCUGCCACCAGGACCACAUCCUGCCAACUUCCAUCUGCAGCAGGCUCUUCAACGUCUUCCAUCCUACAGACCCUGUGGCCUACAGACUAGAACCCCUCAUCCUAAAACAUUACAACAACAUUGCGCCUGUCCAGAUACACUGGUGUAGCGCCACCAACCAGACACCUUAUGAUGAGAUGCGACCCACUUCCCUAAACCUUGUUAAAGAGCCCACAUCUGACAUGGAGAGCAUCCCCAGUCCAAGCACCUCUCCUGUCCUGCCCCGUAGACACUACGGAGAGUCCAUCACCAGCUUAGGCAAGGCCAGCAUACUGGGAGCGGCGAGUAUCGGCAAGGGCAUCGGCGGCAUCCUCUUCUCUCGUUUCUCACGCUCCAACAGCCAACCUUCCGUCUCCAUAGCGCUGGAGGGCGGGGCCAGCCCCGAAGACGAGGAGCAGAAGCGAACGGAGAGCCAGUCGGCGUACGGCCUCUCCACCAUGGCCCGGCCCACCUCGCCCACCGCCGACAUAUCACUGGAGCUGGAGCGCCGCGUGGACUUCGAGCUGCGGGAAGGUCUGGUAGAAAGUCGCUACUGGUCCGCCGUGACCUCGCACACGGGCUACUGGUGCUCACAUGACAUAGCGCUCUUCCUGCUGACCUUUAUUUACGGGCAGAGGACGAUACCCUCUGACCCCGAAGAAGAAAUCCCCGAGCCUGACUGAGAACGAUUUUUGCAAAGAUAUUUUUGAUGCACAGAUAUUUUUCCUACAACCCAAAACCUGGGAACCGUUAGUAAUAACCUGACUGACUAAUUUCAUUCCAGUGUUUUUUUUUUUAUUUUUUAUUUUGUUUAGUUCCGUGCAGUGUCUCACCUUAACGGAGGACCAGAAACUAUAGCGACCUUAGCUGGUAUACCCUCUGACCCCUGUAGCUGGUUAAUGAAUAGCAUGGACAGUCCGGAGCCUUCAUGACACUGAUGCCUGUCGCUCAAGCAUGGAAACAUCCGGAGCGUUUCUUUGCCUUUUUUCCGAAGUAGCCAAACAUUGUGGGCAUUUUAGCAACCCCGGUGAGGAGGAUUCUCAGUUUUGCACACACAAGUCACAGCCCUUUAAAAGGAAGCAUGGCCAGUUCUCAAAAACGCUAACUCGCUUUCUCCUGCAGCGUUCUCUUUAUAACCCGCGGCUUUAAAUAUGGCACUGAGAGUUUUUUUUUUUGUUCCCUCAAAGGGGGAAAAGGGAAACAUCGGUUUUAAGUUCUGCACUGGAGCGAAGGCCAAUAUUUAGCGCAUAACAUUAGGAGAACUGCUCAUGCAAUAACACAUUUCACGGUUUAUAGUGGAGCUAUAGGCAUUUUCAUUUAUUUUUGUGCAAAAUAUCAGGUCAUUCCCCCAUCAAUCAACCCUCAAACAACCAUGUUUGAUUUCAGCGUUUAAAGCAUUUAAUAAUUGAAUUUCAGUUCUUCAUACUGCGCUUUUAACAAUCAAGUCAUUAUCUGUGUAAUGAUCUUUGCAUAGGAAUAUGGAAUAGGAUGCCAGUAUGCCAUGUUUUCACCAUUAAAUCGGUUUUAUCACACAAGAAUAGAAACACUGUGGAGAAGUUGCUUACUUCGUUAUUAACAUCAUUGCCAAGAGCUCCAUUAAAUUACUGGACUGCUUUUGUCUUCUGCACAAACAAGGGCUGAUGCAUCUGUGAACUGACUGCAUUGUUUAUCGCUGUCUAAAGUUAUUUAUUUGUUGUCCUGUUGACUGAAACCCAGACUGCCUUCCAGACUAGCCCAAACGAUGGGAAGCGUUCUCGAAAUGAAAGGAAGCAAAAGACACAUUGUCAUCGCUACUAUGCCCUUUUUUUCCAUUUUUUUUUUUUUUUAAGAUUUGCACAAUUUCAAUGAAAGUCAUUUUAAAAUUAAAAGCACAGUUACUUUUUUUUCAAAGGAUGAUAUUAUAUUUUUCUUAUUGAAGGCACUUUUGUAGGUUCCCUUCUGUUACUUCCCACUAAUUUGAAGCAAUAUGUCACUCCUCACAACAAAUGUCUUGACCAAAUGGAGUGAAGGAGAGAAAUGUGCAUUAAAAGUGUAACUUCCAUCCAAAGCAAUGUAUUUAGUUCCUUUCAUUAAAAGCUUUCCUUGUUUUGGAGCA